UGGUUUGAACACACCCUGUCUGUCUUCCCCUGCAGGUUCUGAGCUCCAGUAAGUCUUCUGCCAAGAACACUCUCUCCAUGACUCUCAACUCAGUGGAGGGCGUCGCCCCAGGCUCUGUCAUUGGUUCUGUCCGGUCACAUGACCAGAGUGACACGCUGUCAUUGGACGGCCAGGUGACGUACGUGGUGGUGGACGGGACAGACCGGAAGGGGACGUUCAUGGUUGACCGUGUUACGGGAGACGUGUACCUGGUCAGAGAACUGGACUAUGAGGAAGGGGAUAGGUACACUCUGCAUGUGGAGGUAUCAGAUUUCACACUGGCGUACCCCAGCAGUCACAGAGUACAGCUGGACAUUAACGUCCAAGACAGCAAUGACCACGCCCCCCAGUUCACCGAGGACCCCGUUACCAUAGUGAUACCAGAGAACACCCAGCCGGGAGCCUCCAUCUACACCUUCCAGGCUGCUGAUAAGGACGGCAGCGGUCCCAACAGCGAACUACGUUACUCCAUCCAGCACCGCUGGCCUGACUCCCUUCACCUCCUGACCCUUGACCCUUCCACUGGGGUCCUGACCUUGGGUCAGGAGUUAGAUCACGAGACCACGUCUUCCCUCUACCUGGUUGUCAGGGCGACCGACCAGGCGGAGGACGUGUCCGCUCGGCGCUGGGGGUCAGUGACAGCCCGGGUGUUUGUGACGGACGAGAAUGACAACGCUCCCGUGUUCAGCUCGUCCUCCGCCGUCAGUGUCAUGGAGGACCAGCCUGUCGGGUUCGUGGUUGUGUACGCGAUGGCUCGUGACGAGGAUGAGGGAGAGAACGGACGAGUGUCCUACAGCAUCCAAUCAGGGAACAGCGCUGGACGUUUCAGCCUGAACCCCAACACCGGCUCUCUGUCCAUUCUGAAGGCUCUAGAUCGUGAGGACCAGGAAGUGUUUAACCUGACCAUCAUAGCUGAGGAUCAUGGGAUGCCCCAGCUGUGCACCAGUCAGGUUCUGUCUGUCCACGUGAUUGAUGUGAACGAUGAGCCGCCGCUUUUCCAGGGGGAGGAGCUAGAGGCGGAGGUCAGAGAGAACCAGGAAGCGGGAACCACGGUGAUCACCGUCACGGCAACGGACAGAGACCAAGGUUCUAAUGGCCAGGUGACAUAUGGAGGUGUAACAGAGGAAGGCUUCACCAUCAACCCUGUGACAGGGGUCAUCAGCACUACCAAGACCCUGGACAGAGAGACUCAGGACCACUACACACUCACAGUGUCUGCCAGGGACGGGGGCCUGCCUCCUAACUUUGCCAAGGUGGUGGUGCGUGUGUUGGUGCAGGAUGAGAACGACAACGUGCCGGUGUUCGCCAGGCCCUGGUACGGCCUAGAGGUCCCUGAGAGCCAGAGCCCCGUGGAGCUGUGUAUUGUCAGGGCUGCUGACGCAGACACGGGACCCGCUGGAGACAUAGAGUACAGGAUCACUGCUGGAGACCCAGACGGAGACUUCCAACUCCAUGUCAGUUCAGGGGCCCUGUCCACGUCUCGUCCCCUGGAUCGGGAGCUGCGGGCUGGGUACAACCUGGAGGUGGUGGCCCUGGACCGUGGUUCUCCUGCUCUGAGCAGCACAGCCACAGUGACGGUGACGGUGCUGGAUGUAAAUGACAACAGUCCAUCCUUCAGCAGCAGCAGCUACACCGUAGACGUCUCAGAGGAGGCUGCCCAGGGAACGACAGUCUUAGAGGUCACGGCCACAGACGCAGACGAGGGGGAGAACGGGAAGGUUCUGUAUUUCCUGAGUCAAGAGGCGAGGGGCGCUUUCACUGUUGACGAAAACACUGGGCGUAUCACAACGGCGUCGCCGGUGGACCGAGAGAAGAGGGCGUCGUACAGCUUCCAUGUGUUCGCUGUGGACCUGUCACCUGCAGAGCCCAGAAACACCUCAGCUCAGGUCACAGUGACGAUCCUGGACAUAAACGACAACGCUCCAUUCUUCAUCCAAGACCCCCUCGUUGUCGAGGUCUCGGCAGCCAAUCACAUCGGGUCCUGGCCACCAUGCGGGCCGAGGACAAGGACUUUUGUGCCAACGGUUCUGUGUUCUACCGUUUCGCCGCGUCCGGUGAGGGGUUUCAGCAUCAACUCCCUAACAGGAGAGAUCCAGGGACGAAGGGGAAGGUCGUUGGGUCUGGACUUUGAGGACACUCCCCGACUCCGCCUGGUAGUGAAGGCUGAGACAGCUUCGUCCAGCUCCUUCAUGGCCGUUAACCUGAUCCUGCAGGACAUCAAUGACAACCUGCCUCGCUUCCAGCUCCAGAACUACGUAGCCUACAUGAGAGAGCCCAGGGUUACGACAUGCCAAUCAUACAGGUGGUGGCAGAGGACGUGGACCAGGGGCAGACGGUCAGGUGACUUACUCUAUCCAUCAUCAGGAGGCAUGAGCGGCCUGUUCAAGAUCAACCCUGUCACAGGAAGCAUCACCACCGCCGCCAUCAUGGACAGAGAGAUCUGGACUAAGACCAGGCUGGUCGUCACAGCGACAGACAGGGGCAGCCCGCGAUUGGCCGGUUCGGCCACACUCACAGUGAUCAUCGUAGACCUCAACGACAACAGUCCAACGAUCCCUCUGCCCCGGGAGGUCCGCAUUCCUGAGAACACCCUGAUCGGCACAGAGAUCACCUUGGUAACGGGUAAUGACGUGGACUCCAGCCCGGCCCUGUCCUACAGCCUCCAGCUGGACGGGUCGUCCCAGGGGAAGUUUGGGAUUCACCGCUACAGUGGAGGGGUGUCUCUGACCGCCCCUYUGGACUACGAGGACAGGACCUGGUACACACUGACCGUCAGGGCUACUGACUCCCAACACCAGACUGAGGCUAAUAUCACCAUAUUGGUGGAGGACGUCAACGACAACGCUCCUGCGUUCACACACGAUCUAUACCAGGUUACACUGCCAGAACAUUCCCCGCCAGGCAGUCCCGUUGUCACGGUGACGGCGACUGACCGUGAUUCGGGUGAGAAUGGAAAGGUCACCUACAGAGUGACGUCGUCAACGCGAGGUGGCUUCUACGUCGACCCCAGCAACGGCACCCUGUUCAUCAGGGAGAGGGCCGAGUUUGACCCAGAGAACCCGUCCGUCAGCGUGGUCAUCGAGGCCUGUGACGGGGGAUCCCCGCCCCUCUCCUCCGUCACCACAGUACAGGUCCAGCUAUCAGACGUCAACGACAACGCUCCUGUCUUCCACCAAUCAGAGUACAGGGCGACGGUGUUGGAGGACUCCAUCCCCGGGGCGACCAUCCUGACCCUGGAGGCCAUGGACGCUGAUUUCUCUCGGGACAACUGCGGCUUCGACUUCGCCAUCGCCAAUGGCAACACUGGGAACGUCUUCCAGAUCGAGAGCAGCGUGCGCUUCCUGGAGGGGCGGGGCUUCCAGACCGUAGGGACGCUCCUAUUGGCCGAGGUGCUGGACUUCGAGGCUGUGCCCCUCUAUAACCUGACGGUGGUGGUGUCGGACAGAGGGGUUCCACAGCGGAGUUCUAGCGUUGCCGCGGUGAUAACCGUUGGCGAYGUAAACGAUAACCCGCCGGCGUUCGGCAGGGCGGAGUACGCCGUGUCACUGAGUGAAGGAGCGGGCGCCGGGACGGAGAUAAUACGACUCACUGCCACAGACCCAGACUCGGCCCCCAACGCAGAGGUCAAGUACAGCAUCAGCUCAGGCGAUGAGAUGGACCUGUUCAUGAUCGACCAGUGGACCGGGGCGCUGCGGUUACAGCGACAGCUCGACCGCGAGCACCAGUCCUCCCACGUGGUCAUCGUCCAGGCCACGGAUGGCCACGGUCACGUCGCCCUGACCCCGAUCAGCGUAGAGGUCAAAGAUGUGAAUGAUAACAGACCGUUCUUCCCCAUCGAGACUCUGACGGCUAGCAUCAGAGAGAACCAGCCGGUCAACUCAGCCGUGACCAUACUCCACGCCAUAGACCACGACACUGGGAUGUACGGCCAGCUGAGGUACUACAUGGUGGAGCGAGGUCAAGGGUCAGGAAUUACAGGGCGAGAGGCCUUCACCGUGGACCAGAGUUCAGGACAGGUUAGGGCUAAGAUGACUUUUGACUUUGAGACGGUAAACUCAUUUAAUUUURUUGCUCUGGCAAUGGACGCCGGUAACCACUCGGCCACGGUGACGGUCCAGGUGUACGUGACUGGUGAGGAUGAGUACGACCCACUAUUCGUCUCCCCAGAGUUUUCCUUUGAGGUUCCAGAGGGGGCGAAGAGGGGCCAGAGCAUCGGACAGGUCCAGGCAAACGACGAGGACGGAGGUGUAGACGGUAUCGUCCUCUUCUCGCUCCCAAGCUCCUCCCUGUACUUUGACGUCAACAAAACAACCGGGGUGGUUUUCCUCAAGAUGGACGGGUCUUCUAGUCGCAGCAGCAGCAGCGGGUUAGGGGGGCGGUCCAAAAGGGAGACCAGGACCAUGACUCUGGACGUUCACGCCCACAGCCCUCUGGACACGUCCCGGGUCACCACGGCCCAGCUGACCAUCGAUGUGACCAACACGUCCUUCGGCCUGGGGGCAGACCUCAACGUCCUGCUGAUUAUCAUCAUCGCCGUGUCCCUGGGGGUCAUCGUGCUACUGGUGGUCAUGGCUGUGGUCAUCUUCCUGGUCAAGUCAAAGAGACGCAGGAAGAACAAAGGACGGGACAACAGUGCCGUGGCCUCGGGAACCACUCUGCAGAAACUGGACGAUUCCAAAUCUGGAGGAUCUGAGAGAAUCUAUCAUCAGACGUUACCUGGGUACGCCGGCGACCAAGGUGGAGCAGGGGCCGGGCCCUACCCCCGGGGGGGUUCCCUUGACCCCUCACACUCCAGCGGGCGUGGCUCAGCCGAGGCGGCGGAAGACGAUGAGAUCAGGAUGAUCAACGAGUACCCCCGCGUAGCGUCCAUCUCCUCGUCCAUGCAGGAGCACAUCUCAGCCCGCGGGCCGGACUCUGGCAUCCAGCAGGACGCUGACCAGCUGUCGGACAUCUCCUGUGAGCCGGCCGCCCUGGAAGGAAGCACCUGGUUCAAAGGCAAGAAGCUGGGAGGGAGUCUCAGUGGAACCAUGCUGUCUGGACAGCUACCUGUCUACAGAGACGAGCUGGGAGGAGGGUAUCUGGGGAUGGGGAGGGGACUCAAUAUCUCCCAUCCUAAAGAGUACGCCUUCCCAGAGGAUGGGAAGCCCUCGGUGGACGGGUCUCUGACAGCCAUAGUGGCCAGUGACGAAGAGCUAAGGGGCAGUUAUAACUGGGACUACCUGCUCAACUGGUGCCCUCAGUUCCAACCACUAGCCAACGUCUUCACAGAGAUCGCCAGGCUCAAAGACGAGACAGCCCCACAGAACCAGACCAACCCACGCCAGCCCUUACAGCCCAAAGCCAAGACGGACCCCAAGCCUCGCAUCGACCCACCGCCCCUCAUCACCGCCGUCGCCCACCCUGGGGCCAAGUCCGUCCCCCCAAAGGUCCCUGUCAUCGGACGCACCUUCCCCCACCUGGCCACCCUACGACGGUCCCCCAUCAGCCACGAGGGCUCCAUCUCCUCAGCAGCCAUGUCCCCCAGCUUCUCCCCCUCUCUCUCCCCUCUCGCCGCCCGCUCCCCCGCCGUCUCCCCCUUCGGAGUAACCCAGGGCCCCUCGACCUCCAUGAUCAGUACCAGGGAUCCCAUGCUGGACCACAGCCCCGAUCACGAGAUGAGGAUCUGAGGAUGACGUUGUUUUAGUUUUUUUUUUAGAGACGUUUCUAUAAUUUAUGUUUUUAUCACAUGACAAAGUAAAGGGUGCUGAGAUCUGGAUGUUAUGACAGCUCCUAUGACACGUGAGGAAGUUGAACGAAGUGUUUUCGGUCUUCAGAGACACGUUUCUCUGAUCUAGUUUCUUCAGAUGAGUUUUAGGCCGUAUUUCUUCAAAACGGAAGAGGAACGUGGGAACAUUUUGUAUUAGUGAGACCGAGUGAUUGCCAAGAUGACGCUCGAGAAGACGAACACUAAUAUUAUGAGAUAGGUCACAUUCACCCUCUUUUCUGAAGGGGACAUGUGGAUUAUCAUUUUCUACAGGAUGUCAUUUCUCACCUCAGAUAUCCCUCUAUGGAGUGGUGGACCAUGUUGUGGGGUUGGGGAGGUUCGCAUUGACAACAGACCAGCUCUCUCCUCCCCUACUUGUACAUCAUGACGCAGGCCUCUGAGAAUUGCUACAGGGUUAGGAGAUUACCCAACCUCUCGGCUUCGAACAACCAUGACUUGGAUCCAACCCUGCAGCUGCAGACUGACCCUCCCUGCAGACAGAGGUCCUUAGUAGAGAUAAACUGACGUAUCGGCUGCAGACUGACCCUCCCUGCAGACAGAGGUCCUUAGUAGAGAUAACUUGACGUAUCGGCUGCCAGACUGACCCUCCC